UUACCAGUCGAAUAGAGAGGUGCCACACUAAUCCCCACGUGCGUUUGUUUGGCUGUGCCGCGGCUAAAUUUAUUCGAAUUUCUUGAAAAAAGUAACUGGAAAACCCCGCCUGGAAAUGGUAUUCUUCACGUGCAACAUAUGCGGCGAGUCCGUGAAGAAGCCAUCGGUGGAGAAGCACUACCAGACACGGUGCCGCGGAAACGAGAAGAACGUUUCCUGCAUGGACUGCCUCAAAGACUUUUACGGCGAGGAGUACGUUGCCCACACGAAGUGCAUCUCAGAGGCCCAGAAGUAUGCCAACCAAAGUCAGAGCUUUGUGGCCAAGGAGUCGCGGAACAAGAAUGCCCAAAAGCAGGAGAGCUGGAUGGACAUCAUUCGCGCCAUACUCGACAGCAGCGAAUACAACCUGACGCCGGCCCUGCGCAUGGCCUUCCAGCGGCUGCAGAGCGUCGACAAUGUUCCCCGGAAGAGGGCCAAGUUCGAAAACUUUGUGGGCAACUGCAUGCGCAUGCCCCGACAGCAGGCCACCCAGGUGUGGGACAUACUCGAGAAGGAGCUCAACAAGAUGAAGGAGGCCAAGCAGGAGCAGCUGGCCCAGGCCAAAGCAGCCAAGGAGGCGGCUCAGAAUGGCAAGGCCGAAAAGAAGGACGAAAAGGAGCAGCCAGAGACGGACGCUCCUCCAAAGAAAAAGUCAAAGGUGGCAGCUGAAGCUGAAGCAGAAUUAGAAGCCGCUCCUGAGGAAUCCGAAAACACCAACAGCAACGACUUUGAUUGGACCACGCAAUUGUCGAAGAUCGUGUCCAAGCAAGCCGACGGCAUCUAUCUGGAGAAGCUGAAAAAGAAGCUGCUGAAAAAGUACUCCAAGUACGUCUCAGUGGACGAGCUGAGCGAGAAGCAGGCGAAGAAAUUCCACAAAAGGUUCGACAAGCAACUGAAACUGUGUACGACGCUGCGGCUAGAUGGGGACCUGGUCAAGUCGUGCUAGCAGCCAUGGAAGUCAUACAUAGGUUAAUUAUAGCGAUGGAUCACGAGUGGGGAAAUAAAUGUUGUAAGCUGAACACAAA